UGAGAACUGAUGCGCUUUCGCCCUCAUAAUUGAUCACGGACCACGUCCGAGUUACAUUGAUGCAUCAUACACUAUACAAUAACGAGCUAUGGCGUCUGAGUCCUCUGCAGAGCCUACCAUCGAGGAAUCCUCAACCCCAGCAUAAGACAAAGGACCAAUUCCGGAAUAUAAAGUACGUAUUUGAGGGACAUGUGAACAAGGAUUGGAAUUUCGUUUUCUUGUACGACAACGUCUACAUCGUCAGGAUGCGGUGGUGGAACUGCAGCAGAGAUCUUAUUGUUGAGGAACCUUGGGGAGCCAGGGAAGGGGAUGGCGGCAACACAUAUGCAGUGUGCACUGACGCUUUCACCGGAUGGGAAGAGCGUGCGGAAGGAAGGGCGGAGGUUUUCAGCGGUGGGGUGCUAUUAAUGAAAAGAUCGAAGGUGUUUGAAAGGGGCAUAUCAAGGCGGUGCGCUGGCAGUCGCUUUCGUGACUACCCAGUGGAGAUCACAUUUCCGGCGAGUCCGAUGGAAGAAUCAAAGCCGAACUGGAGGAGUUCGAAGCCUGUUGUAGCAGGUGUCGGACCGGUUUAAAUUUCAAGCAAUUAUGACGACCAGUUCAACACUGUUUUCAAUUUCUGGAGAAAUGUCCGAAUCCUUACAUUCGUCUUGUGCAGAAGUCCUCUGUGUGCUAGGCUGAAGAAUGACCUUGCCGCUCUCCUCGGUCCUAACAAGGGAUUUGGGGCUAGACUCAAAGAUAUAAACCUAGAUCCCGAAUCGUCAGAGUAAGCCGAAUAACGUGCAUUCUACAUGUACCCGAGGGUGACGCGUUUAUUCACCCACCUCUGCCUUUAUUUGCGGAUGAUCGACAUUCCAGUGCCGCCACACGCGACCCAA